AUGGAUCGCAUGAUCAGCUCGGGUACUUACAACCCACCCAUGCUUCCCAUGUCGGAGAUGGAGAAGUUGAAAGUCUCACGGCCUUUGAACACUGUCGAAUUUGCCUUUGGAACCAACUUUCUGGGUUUGAUAUCUGGGCACAGCACUCUUAUGCUCCACCGUGAAUACUUUCCCUUCAUGCCCACCGCAGAGUCGGGCCCAAGAGGACCUGUGGACCACCCUCUGCUCGAAGCGGAAGCGCCUGUCGGCUGGUGGGAAUCGAGCGCACUCGAGCUGUUCUCGGCAGCGGAAUACAUUGCAAGACUUCUACACGAAGCAUCUGAAUGUGGAGCCCAUCUGAUGACGCCGUUUGUGGGAUUCUGUGCCUUUUCCGCGUCGUAUAUGAACCUCUACAUCUACCGUUUCCCCCGCAUGAACCUUGGUCGAAGUCCCCAGGCUGAACAACUGAUGAAUUUCUGUCUCUCUUACUUGGAGGAGUUUCGACACGUGUGGAAGCUCGGAGAGGCUUGGGUCUCUACUCUCAAACAUGCCUCACUCUUAUAUGAGCGCGCUUCUGCUGACAGGGGAAGAUACUUGGGAAAGUCCCGGCAGGACUUCGACCAUCUCCACCAGUCGAUACACGAAUUUCGAGUCGUUGACCGAUCGAAUCAGCAUAUACAGGAGAUUGAAGGAGCCGAGGGAGCAAGCCCAGGAGUGACUUAUAGUCACCCCGCGCAACGGGUGGUCCCUAACUCUGAGUUGGACAAUCUUAGCGCACCGCUCACUCAUCUGCUUACGGAGGUUAGCACUUAUUCCCAUGAACAGGGCGCAUGGUCGCAGUGGUGGCCUACAUUGGAGGACAUCGAUCUUGCACUAGUAUCAGGAUGA